UGUAAAAAGGAGAUGAUAUUAGAGAGGAUGGAUGGAGAAGGAUACAGAGGAAUCUAGAAAAAACUCCUCGGCUCUUCUCUCUCUCAGCUCCUCUCACGAUGUACUUGAACCACCACAAAUCCCUAAAAUGUUAGAUGAUUUCUGAGUGAGAUUCUACAUGGUAUCAGAGCAGGCCGAUUCUCAGGCAUCUCGUCUGUGUUCCUUAGCAAAUUUUUGCUGGAGGGGCGGUGCUGUGUCGCCGUCGUUGCCGCCACUGUUGAAUUUGGGGGAGAGUGGCUCAUCCUGUCUGUGAGAUCUCUGACGCCUGGCCUUCUUCCUGCUCGUCGCCACAUCUGCCGAUCUGAGGAGGAAGUACUGCAUCUGACUUGGUGUUGCUGUUAUCAAGCUCAGCUUGGUCCUGUGUUGCUUUCCACGGCUGUUGCAUCUACUGCAUUUGGUCAUCAGUAUUAAGAGGUAUUAGUACUGAUUGUUGCUUCUCCUAAUUGUGAUUCGUGCUGCCCGAGAAUCUUGCCAAGCCAUCAAGCUGCCGUGUUUGCUUCUGUGACUGAAUUUAAUAAUACUUUGCUCUACUGCCUGUGUGCAUUUGGGGACAACCCAGUACAUCAAAUUGCCACCAAUACUACUGCUUGUUUUGUUGCCGCGAAAGACAAGUCCUGUGAGGCUGCCUUGACAUGUCGUGAUUCACCAAGAGUGAAUAGUUUUCUUGAGCGACUAGAAGUAACUGUUAAUUAGUCUUUGCUCCUGAGUAAAACUAGCACUUCAGAGUAUACUUGUUCUUUGGAGUAUUUCGAAGCUGCAAAUAAUGCCAGAAACGAACAAGGACAAGCCAGGUGACUCAAGUAUCGACAAAAUGUAUGAGAUCUUCAGUAAGCUAUUAGAGAGACAGGAACAACAAACAAGAGUAGACCCGGAGACAGUAAAAUAUGCACUUGAACAGAAUCCGGUGAAAUUGUCCGGUCCAGCCAAUUAUGUCAGUUGGGCACGUCAUGCCCAAUUAAUCUUGAGUUCUCAUGGUUAUGAGGACCUGCUUACUGAAGAUGAGGAAAAUAAAAAGAGUGGUGAUCCACAGGCAAAGCAGACCAAUGACAGGGUACUUGUGUGGCUGCUAGGAAGCAUGGAACCAAUUGUUAGGCAGCAGGUAGAGAUCAUGCCAACGGUGCAUGAAGUCUGGGUAGCACUAGAGAAGCAGUUUGUUGGAAAGUCAAAUAAAAUGCAGGCCACCCGUAUCAUGGAUGAGCUUACUCAUUUGAAGCAAGGUACAAAAUCAGUGACAGAGUAUGUUGGAGACGUGAAACGGUUGUACAGAGACUUGCAUUACUUUCAUCCGUUUCAACCAGUUGAUAAGCAAGAUUUAGCAGUCCAUCACAAAUGGUUCGAGUCACUUGUAGCCAAGCUAUUCCUUGAUGGAUUAAAUGAAGAAUUCAAUUUGAGGCGACAACUUAUAUUUUCUCAGCCCGAAUGGCCCAGUCUUGAUGAGAUCAUUUCAAGUGUGUUGGAGGAAGAAACUCGCUUGGCUCAACCGAAGGAGGAUAACAUGAGGUGUGGAGAUGAUCGUGCAGCCUUGAUGAUGCAAUCUCGUCGAUCGCCUCGCCCAUUUGGAAAAUCAAACAAGGGCAGAUCAUUUUGUGAUUACUGCAAAAGGAGUGGGCAUACAAAGGAGGCGUGCUUCGAACUACAUGGCUAUCCAUCUUGGUGGGAAAAAGGGAAAAUUUGUUCAGCUGGAGCAAAUAGGAAGCAAGCAGGCCACAUUGCAUCUAUACGAGAGCCACCAGUGGUAGAUGUUCGAGCUCUUGAAGAUUUCACUUCCAAGCUUAAACUCUCAGAAGGCUCAUCAUCCCAUCAGAGUUCCCCUAAGGCAAACUCUAGUCUGAUAGCCAAUUCUAGUCAAGGAGCUAAAGACAGGGAGGGUCUUAGGGGCUGGGACCGAGCAUGACAGGCUCUACUACCUUGAUGAUGGAAGUGAUGAAGUGGCUCUCGCAUCCUGCUUGUCACCAUGUCAAGAGU